AUGACCACUCGAGAUGCCAGUGGCAUCGACCCCGCUCUGCUGCGGCCCGGCCGCUUCGGCUAUAGGUUGCACAUGGACUGCAUGCGGCUGCCGGAGUUGCUCGAGUUAUUGGGCCUUUAUUACGGCACGGAACCCUGCACGAAUGCUUUACAAGCGUGGCAGGAAGUAGAAGUCACUGCCUCUAAAAGGGUUCGUCGGCUGCGCCAGGAGGAGAUCAAUGAGGUGCGUCGCUGCGUUGUCUCGCUUUCGCAAGGUGACUUUAGCAUCUGUGGUGCAGUUGCAGACUCCAUGUGUUUUGCUGCGCCGUCACUGAAGGCGUUUCUCGAUGCGCUGCGACGCCGUCACCACAGUGGGCGCUAA